GACAAAAUGUGUGAAUAAAGAAUGAUGCAUUUGGUGGAGAUGAAUCAUGCUAUAUGUGUUGAUCUUUCUGCAGUUCUCAUCGGUUGCAGAACAAGAUUAUGAUGAGGCCAGGCGAACUUCAGGUUUUGUCACAGAACAUAUUUUCCCAGGAGGAUGCUUGCCCUCCUUAACAAGGAUAACAUCUGCCAUGGGUGCUGCAUCGAAACUACGUGUGGAGAGCGUGGAAAAUAUAGGAAGGCAUCUCUACAGGACGAUGAAAUGCUGGAGGAAAAGUUUCCUGGAGAACCGGAGGUGAAAAUGAAUAUAGACCUUCAUUGCCGCAACUAUGCAAUAUAUACUUGCCUUGAUUCUGA